GGAGUCGAUUUAACACAUUCCAAACCGGUUUCUGCCUUUUUACUUCAUUUCUGUACAUUCGGCGUUAGUUUUUUUUUUCUUUUUCAACAUGGAAACUCUUCAUGCCUUUAAUGAUGUUUGUGUACGAAGUGAUAACGCAGGAGGAGCCUGUUAGCAGCGGCGCUAACACUGUUAGCCUGUUAGCAGCGGCGCUAACACUGUUAGCCUGCUAGCAGCGGAGCUAACACUCCGUCCACAGGGGAGCUAACGCCGCUCCGGCGGCUAAAAUGGGCCAGAGCGUGUUUCGCUCGGGCUUCCUGGUUCGGGCCGCUCACACUCUGCUGACCUGGGUCAUCACACUCAUCCUGUUCCUGCACAACACCGACAUCCGGAGGUGUGAGGAGCGAGGGGAGCUGCUGCUGCCGUCCCUCUUCGUCCUGCUGGUCCUGCUGUCUGUCCUCUUCUACUUCACCGUGUCCUUAAUGGACCCGGGCUUCGUCCUCACAGACAGCGUGAAGGCUCUGGAUGAGGAAUCGGAGGCCCUGGUGUCAGAGAGUCCGUCUCCUCAGAUGAGGCGCUGUGGAUUCUGUCUGCUGCAGCAGCCGAUGAGGGCGAGGCACUGCCGGACGUGCCGCCGCUGCGUGCGGCGCUUCGACCACCACUGCCCCUGGCUGGAGAACUGCGUCGGCGAGCGGAACCACCGCUGGUUCGUGGUCUACCUGCUGGUGCAGCUGCUGGCUCUGCUCUGGGCCCUGCACAUCGCCCUGUCGGGCUUCUCCGCCGGGGCAGCGUGGGAGCCGUGGCUGCGGGCGAACGGCGUCCUGCUGGCGGCGCUGGCCGUGGUGGCGGUGUUCUCCCUGGUGGUGGCGCUGCUGCUGGCCUCCCACCUCUACCUGGUCUCCAUCAACUGCACCACCUGGGAGUUCAUGUCCCGCCACCGCAUCUCCUACCUGAAGAACCGCGGCGGCGGCGAGGACGACAACCCCUUCGACCGCGGCCUCCUCUGCAACCUGUGGGACUUCUUCUGCCUGUGCAGGACGGUGGCGUGGGAGCGGGUGUACCAGAGGCACACCGCCAGCACCGUGUGACCCGUUGCGCCCACACACACACACACACACACAACACACACACACACACUGUGCAGGUCGUCCUGAAUCCUUCAGUAAAAGAACCAGAGCCAACGAUUCUCUCACUGUUCUGUUCGUAUUUAUUGAGGACAAAGACACGUUAAAAUACAAAUGAUAUGCUUGUUCUUGUAGAGUAUACACACAUACAGACACACACACACACACACACACACCGGCAGCCGGGGACCGCCGGCCAGCAGAGGAAGAGGACAUUUCAGCCGAUAAUCUAACAGUUUUACACCGAGAAGCAUUUAAAACAAUAAAAGUCUCCAGGAUAAGAGCAGCCGAGGUCGGUCGUGG